ACAUUCACCGGCAUCUCCAAACAUUGUGGCUGUGAGAAGAAGACUGCUGAAAGCAGCUGACUCUUCUAAGAUCAAGAAAAGGAUCGAGACAAAAACAGCACAAUGAAAGCCUGUCAGUGCAUCCUGCUACUCUUCAGCUGCCAGUUUCUUUAUACUCUAGCUUUAGACUGUGAAGUGAUUCCUGGUACCCUGAAGCAGAUCGAUGUUGGAUUAGGUUUAGUGGGUGGAGUCAACAAUGACAAUGAAGUCUUCCUAUUUCUGGGAAACAGUUUUUUAAGAAUAAAUGGAUCACUGAAGCAUUUUACUGUUGGACCUGCUGGAGUGUUCGGAGUGAGUCCAUCAAACGUCCUCUUCAAGUUUCAGAGCGGAAGCUUCAGGCAGAUUCAAGGUGGUUUAAAGCAGGUGGAUGCUGGAAGUGAAAUUGUUGCAGGUGUUACUCCAAUAGAUGACAUCUUCUGCAUGAACAAGGAUGCGAACAGCAAUGGGCCAUCUGGAAUUAUUCCUUGGACCCAAAUUUCAGGAAGGCUGAAGUACUACAGCUGUGGCCCAUACAGCUGUUGGGGAGUGAAUUCUCAAGAGAAUGUCCUCCUCAAAAGGAAUGUGACGGGUUCUGCCUGUGGAGGGUCGGCUUUUUUUGAUAUUAUUAAUGGAACUCUGUCUAUGGUCGAAGUUGCAACUGAUGGGAGUGUCUAUGGUGUCGACUAUCAGGGGUCUCUGUUGCAAAGACUUGGAGUCUCUCCAGCAAAUCCUGCUGGUACAGGAUGGCAAGUGAUUCCUGUCUGUCCCUUCGGACACAAACAUGUAGCCUUCGAUCUGGGGAGGCUGUGGGUCAUCUGUAGUGAUGGAUCCAUCAGACGAUGUACUUGAAUGUCCAUCAUGAAUCUCAGAGGAACCCAGUGAUCAUUAAACUCAGACUCUUUUACUUUCUUUUCUUUCUGUUUCUUUUCUUUGAUGUUGAAAGUUGUUUUGUUUGUUUAUGCUUAUUAAAGUUAUAUAAAUACAUAUAAAGUUUAGUUUUGCAUUGUUAUUUUGUGUCAAUAAAGGUUAAAUUGCACAAA